UCUGUCUGUUUCACUGCAGCAAGUAUGACAGAAGCAAAUAUUCUGGUAGCAGAGGAGCAGUUGAUGUGUCCAGAGUGUCUGGAGAUAUUGAAGGACCCAGUCGCUAUUCCAUGUGGACACAGUUACUGUAUGGGGUGUAUUAAGAACUGCUGGGAUCGGUCUGAACAUAGACAUUUCUACAGCUGCCCCCAGUGCAGAAAGACCUUUAUCCGAAGGCCUGUUCUGCGCAGAAACACCAUCCUGGCUGAAAUUGCUGGAGAAUUCAAGAAGAGAAGACUCAAUCCUCCUCCUGCUCAAAGUUAUGCUGGACCUGGAGAUGUGCCGUGUGAUUUCUGCACUGGGAGAAAGUUCAAAGCUGUGAAAUCCUGUUUGACGUGCCUGGCCUCUUACUGUGAAACACACGUAAAGUCACAGUAUGAGGGGGCUGCUUUCAAGAGGUACAAACUGGUCAAUGCAAUUGAAAAUCUGGAGCAGAAGCUUUGUGCUGAACACCAAAAUAUUUUUGAGGUCUUUUGUAGAACCGAUCAGACGUGUAUUUGCUGGUUGUGUGCAGACAAGGAACACAAGAGCCAUGAUACAGUCUCAGCUGAGACAGAAAGGACUGGGAAACAGAAGCAGCUGGGAGAGACACAGACACAAAUACAACAGAGAAUCCAGGAGAGACUGAAAGACGUGGAUGAGCUGAAACAGGCUGUAGAGUCACUGAAAAGAUCUGCAUGCAUAGAAAUAAAGGAAAGUGAGAAGAUCUUUACUGAGCUGAUCCAAUCCAUUGAGAAGAUCCACACUGGGGUUAUUGAGCUGAUUGGAGCUAACGAGAAGGCUGCAGUGAAUCAGGCUGAAGGACGAAUGAAGAAACUGGAGCAGGAGAUUGCUGAGCUAAGGAGGAAAAACGCUGAGCUGAAACAGCUUUCAGAGACACAGGAUCACACCCAUUUUCUACAGGUGAUUUCCAUUACACGAGAGUAG